UACCCGUAUCGUUUUUCGUAUCAUCUGUUUUUGUUCACAAAAAUCAAGUCUCUGAUUUUGCAUCAAUAAAGUGUGAUAAGGUAAGAGCGUAUUGGUCUUGAUCUUUGCAAUCUUUUUUUGGUGCUUUCUAUGGAAUUGUUACUAUCAUUAGUCGUGGGACAUCACUUCCAAAGAUCGCUGAAGUCGAUUCUUCAACGAUGCUGCCUGUGCCUAUCGAGUGGAGGGUAAUGUGUAACUCCGAUACACAUUGCUUUCCCGAACUUCUCUGUGUCUACGUUGUCCAGGAAUCAUUCGGCCCGAGUUUCGUCAUUGGCAUGUCUUUUGAUAGCUACGUUUCGACUCGUCAUGCUGGUGAAAUGCUGGGAGAUAAUAGCUUCAGAUUGCUGUUUGUGUCUGGUUCAGCAUAUGAUGGGCUGCAGGAAAAGUCGCCACUAUAUUUUCUCACACUUGACAAUUCAUUUCGUAUUCUUAUUAAGGACACCGGGAUUGCCACUGCGAGUAUUGUCAUACUCGUCUUUGAAGUCAGUAUAUCAGAAAGAAAACAUCAGCAAGAAAAAGAAGUUGCAAACAUGGAGAGACAAGUUAUACUUUCGGUCAUUGUCCUAGUGUGUAUCAAUGUGAUGGACUCGAUUAUGGGUGCCGUUGUUGGACCAACCCUCAUUUUCUAUGUUUUCGAACUUGGAGGAAACAAGGAUGAUUACGGAAUGAUGAAAAGUGUCGUUUCAUUGUCUGCAAUGAUUGCAAUUCCCCUUUUUGGAAACUGGGUCGAUUCCAACGGAAACAAAUACUUGGUGCCUUAUUUGACAUCAUUUUUUCUAGGAAUCAUUUCCUUUGUGAUGUACUUUCUUGUGAUUCUAUUGCCUAAGGGGCCUAUUGCAAUAUAUUCAUUGAUGUUCUCUCGAUUUCUUGAUGGAGCGGCGAUAGCUGGAAGGACUUUGUCAUACAGUUGGGUCGCAAGCUCGAUACCUCCAAACAAGCAAAGAACCAUAUUUACUCUUCUUUCGUCAUCGCGUACUCUUGGUAUGGUCUUGGGGCCCUUGACAAAUUAUCUUGUGAGCGAAAUCAACACAGAAAUAACGAUUUUUGGCACAACAAUUAAGAUCGAUCCCAACAACUCGAUCGGUCUCUUGAUGGUUGGUGGAGAAAUUAUUCUUAUCGUUAUUACGUUGCUCUUCUUCCAGGAACCUCCGGUGAAGGAUGACAAGUUGAAAAAGUCCACAACCGAAACUUCAGUAACUGAAUCGAAAGGGGUAUUUUACGCCCUCACCCACUUUGAUAUCUUUUUCCCUGUCUUUACCAUGUUCGUCGUGGGAUGCAAUUUUAGUCUGUAAGUUGUUCCUCUGUUUUUGUUGCCUGUUCCAAGAUUUUGAAGCACCUGAUAAGUUAGUCUUCGAGACUUUUCUCAAGGAGCUUUUAUUUUUGUUCAUUUAUUUUCACAUUUUACAAUGGACUUGCAGACUUGGUACGGCCUUCUCCCCAGUUGCACGCAACAUGGGUUGGACUCCGGUGAAUAUUUCAGAAGUGACCGCUUACGGGUCGAUAAUUAUGGCUUUUGGUAUGGUAGCAUCAAUGGUUGUAACUACGAGAGACGUGUCUGAUGCGCAGAUGCUUUUGUUCGGUUUCGGGACCAUGUUCUUCAGUGGGUUCUUCAUGUACGAAUGGUGGAUUGAUGGAGUUGGCUACUGGAGGUUUACUUUGCCAAUGUACUUGGUUUACUUUUCUUAUCCCUUCAUUGGACCCGCAAACCGUAGCAGAUACACUCAAGCUGUACAUUCAAACAAGGAAUUAGAAGGAUCCCACGGAAUCAUGAUGUCUUUGAUCAACCAGGCGGGUGCGGCGGCAGGUUUAGUAGCUCCUACCCUGGUUGCCUCGUUCGUUCUAAGAACUCAAGAGGAUAUCGACGCAAGCCCUGACAAACACCAAUUGACUCCAGGAGGUCUUUAUGUUCCCAUUUUUUGUGCCGUCAUCAUUACAGGGGUGAUAUACCAACACUUUACCGAGAUCCGCACAAAAAAUGAACCAGUUGGCGACACCGGUGCUGAUUCCGAAAGUACCAAGUUGCUGUCGCCUAGAGAGAAUAGAACUCCUCGAGCAAGUGUAGUUGAGAUUAGUGAGACCUUUUCGCGAGCGUCAGAGGUCAAUCGUCGCAUGUCCGUAGAUUGCAUGGGAAUAAGUAAUCCUGUGGAAACAAAGUACGAACAGGAAUUGGCAACGAAGCUUUUGGAAGACAAAAAAAUAUGGGAAGAACUUCAAGAGUUGGACGAAAUUGAAGAUUGAAAGCUGUUUGAAUUCUCGAUUCGUCUCUGUCAUGGCAUUACAAACACAAACAAUACACUUAGCGUGCUUGUACAGCACAAAUAUUAUAGGUCAUCAAAAAUAGUUGUGAGAAUUAUAAUCUAUUCAAAAUCUAUUAAUCAACUUUACUCUAUCUG